UGAAUCACCUCAUCAAUAUCUCUCCAAAAGGUUGACCCUUAUCUCCCCGGCUUCUCCACAAGCAACCAAACUGUCUCUUGUUCUUGGAAAUGUAGUUGGCUGGCUUUCUUGCUGGGAAGCACAGAAGACAGCAGACGGCAGAAGCACUAGCUAUCAUCUUUCUCAACCUAAACCUUAUCUCUUAACUCUUAUUUUCUCCUCUAACGCUCUAGGCUGAGAGGUUCACUGCAUGAUAAUGGAAUUAAGAGAAGAGAAUGAAGGAAGAACGCCAGGCUUAGAAAGAAGAAGAGAAGGGAACACUAAUGGAACUGUUGUGAACAGUUUGAGUCAAACCCUAGAUCAGUUACAACGACAGCCAUCGCUUGGCUCAGGAGGAAGAUCUCCAAACCCAGAUCGAGUUACUGUUAGCAGUUCAACAAUUGCACCGAUCUCCAAAAUAGGUAGUGUAAGGUAUCGAGAAUGCCUUAAGAACCACGCAGCCAGUGUUGGUGGCAGCAUUUUCGAUGGGUGCGGUGAGUUCAUGCCCAGUGGCGAAGAAGGGACCCUAGAAGCCUUGAAAUGUGUGGCUUGUGACUGCCACCGAAACUUUCACCGGAAAGAGGUGGACGGAGAGACCCAAUUCAGUGGCAAUUGUAGUAGAAGAACCAUAAUGCUUAACCCACUUCAACUGCCCCCGCCAUUGCCAUCUCCAUCGAUGCUGCAUCCUCAGAAAUAUUCAAUAGGCAUGCAUACUAGUCCACCGAGUGUAAUUGUUGCACCGAUGAAUGUGGCUUAUGGAGGUCUUAGUGGGGGCACUGAAUCUUCCAGUGAAGAUCUUCAUGUGUUUCAGUCAAAUGCCCACGAAGGAGUUCAACCACCGCCACCUCCUCCUUUUGUUUUGUCCAAGAAGAGGCACCGGACAAAAUUUACGCAGGAGCAGAAAGAUAAGAUGCUGGAAUUCGCUGAGAAAGUUGGAUGGAGGUUCCAGAGGCAAGACGAUGAGGAAGUUCAGAAAUUUUGCGCUGAGGUUGGUGUGAAGAGGCAGGUUUUCAAGGUCUGGAUGCACAAUAACAAGAAUAAUGUGAAGAAGCAACAACCAGAACCAGUGUAACGCAGGAGAUUAAAUAAUGUGCUGCCUAAAAUUUCUCAAAUACUAACAGGGCUGGAAAAUGAAAGAACAUAUCAUAUGGGUUGUCUUUCACAUUCAAUGAGGGUUUAAAUGAUGAGCUGAUGGAAAAGCAUGGCUGUCGUCUUAAUUGUUUUCAUGAUUGUUUCUUUGGGUCUCUGGUUGAAUGCUGCAAAAUAUUGUGUUUUAUGGUAUGUAUCCUCAACUGAAUCAGCCAGGCCUCAGGUCUUGGCCUGUUCGAUCAAAAAUUGUACAGUCCGGUGUGGUCCUGCUCAGGAAAAUUUUCAACCUAAACUGAAAAGAACAGUUUGGAUAAAUCUCAAACCUAAUGAUUUCAUUUUUCAAACCAAAUUAAACUUAAUUGAAAUAUUUUAGU